GGGGUGGGGAAUAGCUUUUUUAAUUGGCGUUGAAGGACACACGUCAAAUGUUAGUUUCCUAUAGGGCAUCAAGGAAUUUACAAAAUUCUCAGCUUGAGCCUAACAAUUGUUUGAUGUGUUCUACCUUAGAUUAGUCAAUGUUGCGGCCAGUUCCAUACUGUAACCGCUUAGUUCUGAUUUGUCACCCGAUUCCCUAGCUGAAUUUACUAGCUUAACAUUUACUGAUUUCCACACUUUCCUAAUUAAUUACCCCGCUGUCAGGCCGGUACCCUUCAACAAUCAUGGGUUUGUGGACUCGGGUAAUGAUAGUCUUAAUUUACCAAAUUUGAUGAGUUAGUUCUUUAAGUGUUAUGCCCCCUUGAUAUUUUUAGAUGGUGGACCAAAGGGCAAGCCGCGGCCUCGGAGUUCAGAGAGCAUUACAGACGACAGCGAAAGGUCUCGGCCCGAAAAGUCAACUGUCCUUUUUUCCCAUAGAUACUGCCUGGCCUGCUGAGCUCCUCCAGCAUUUUGUGUGUGUUGUUUGGAUUUCCAGCGUCUGCGGAUUUUCUGUUUGCACUUUCUCGACGUUGUUAUUGAACGCAAGCACCGGACUCCUUCCCGAGUGGGGAAGUAUUUUUUGUGUUUUCCUUCCGUAGUCAUUGCGGAGAGCGGCCAAACAGGGAGAGCCCGAACAGGCGGCAAAGUACUAGGUGUGCCGCCAAUUGUGAGAUCUGAUUGCAUUGGUUAACUGACACUUGACGAAGAACCGAACUGAGAUAGAGGGGAGAGGGCUUCUGUGGAGCGUUCCCGGCUCGUUCAUUAGGACGCUGUCUCGUCAGCUCCGGAUCCAGCUGCUAAGCGUGAAGCGACGCUUCAAUUAACAACAGAUUUGAGAAGAUCGCGAAACCGAUGAGCGAGACGAAGGCGAUUAGGAAUUCAUCAAAACGAGUUGGCUGAAAUCUGUGCAGUCAUAUCAGAUUAUAAUUACGAAGGGCACUCUGUUUUCGUGGAUGUUUGCGAAGAAGAAGCAUUUCAUGAUGUAUAUUCUAUACGUUUCUCUGACAUAAAAUGUACCUUUGAAAUCGUUGGGAUGUGUGGUGGAUAGUAUAUUGACUGACUGCUUCACAGCCUGGAAUAGAAACACUAAUGUCCUUGAAUGAAAAACUUAUAAAAGUAGUGGAUAUGGCCUAGUCCAUCACAGAACAUACACAACUUAAUUCGUUUUUCAAGUCAGAAGUACAGAGGCUUAAAUUUGUCAACCUAUUUUAUAGUUAAGCAGAAUAUGGGUCAUGGUGGCAGCCAUUGCCUUGGGAUCCCUGCUGGAAAAGGACCACAUCUUGUUGGAUGUAUAGAUAUUAUGUCUGAUCACACAAUUCAGGGAUGCUUAUUACGCCUGUACUAUCCUUGUAAUAAGGGUGAGAAGAGUCAACAGCCAUUGUGGAUUCCCAGGGAUGAAUAUUAUGAUGGACUUGCUGAUUUUCUUAAAUACAACAGAAAAGCUGUGGAAUAUAUUUUAAAGUAUAUGUAUGGGUCAUACAGAGUUCCUGCUGAGUGGGACGCCCCAUUUAAAUCAGAUGGAAAAUAUCCCCUAGUCAUCUUUUCCCAUGGCCUCGGAGCUUUCAGGACUCUUUAUUCAGCCAUCUGCAUUGAAAUAGCUUCUCGGGGAUUUGUAGUAGCGUCUGUGGAACACAGGGAUGGAUCAGCAUCAGCAACUUUCUACUACGAAGAGAAAAUAAGAACAGGAAAUGAAGUAGAACAGGACGCCUCCUGCACAAGCUCAGCACCUACUCUGGAUCAUUUGGAGGAGAAGUGGUGUUACUAUCAGCCGCACAAACCAGGAGAACAAGAAUUCCUAUUUCGAAAUGUCCAGGUACAGCAGCGAGCAGAAGAAUGUACCAGGGCCUUAAAUCUGCUUACUGACAUAAAUAAGGGGAAAUCUGUCCAUAAUGUAUUCCCACUAGACUUUGAUUUCACUAAAAUGAAGGAUUGCCUUGAUCUGUGUAAGGUAGCUAUUAUGGGCCACUCAUUUGGUGGUGCUACAGUUGUUGAAUCACUUAGCAAGGAGCUUCGGUUUGGUUGUGGAGUGGCAUUAGACACUUGGAUGUUCCCUCUAGAAGAUGAGAUUCAUGAAAAGGUACAGAAGCCAAUAUUGUUCAUCAACUCUGAAAAAUUCCAGUGGCUUGCAAAUAUUCUGAAAAUUAAACAACUUGAUUCGAACACCGUACAACGAAAGAUGAUAACUAUCAUGGGAACAGUUCAUCAAAGCUUUCCCGAUUUUACAUUUCUGACUGGCCACUUCCUUGGAAAGAUAUUUGGACUGAAAGGAACUAUAGAUCCCCAUAUAGCAAUCGAUAUAAGCAAUAAGGCUGCUUUAGCAUUCAUGCAAAGACACUUGAGUCUUCAGCAAGAUUUUGAUCAAUGGAAUUCUCUUAUUGAUGGGAAAGGAGAACAUAUCAUACCUGGCACGAACAUUCCUCUGGAUCAAUUAAAUUUGAAAUCCAAACAAUGACUCUGCCAUUUUGAAGUGCACAACAGUAAUUGUAGAUCUACCUAAUAUUCACAGUUGUGCAAUGCAGUUGCCAGUUUUAACAUAUUCAAAUAUCAUCAGCCAUACAACAUUACCUCCAUAAUUUUGUUUCAUUUUGAUGAUUGUAGAUCCAUGUUUCAGAUUAUGUGAUAAUAUUCAAAUCAUCCAAUUACUCUCGUAUUAGGACAGUGGGAUGCAAGUGAGAAUUACCUAAAUAUUUGUAUUUUAAGUGAACAUUUUUAUAUCCUGAGUUUCCACAGCUUGUCAGAUGAUGGAAUAUUGCACUCAGUAUUUGAUAAUGCACUCAGUUAUUUAUAAUAUAAUACACAUCUUCUAUCUGUUAAUAGCACCACAGUUCUGAAGUUUAAUUUCAUCCUUAACAGGACUUUACCAAUCUUUUAAGUGUGUAAUUUAGGUUUCUGGAGAGUGAAUUUAUUUUUACUCUACAUUGUUUUCUAAACUUCAGACUUAAUUCAAUGCAUCUCAUUACCUUCUAAUAGAAAUUCUAAUUAGAUUUGGGUCACUCCUUGCAUAUCAACAAAGCUUUGUUCAGCUGGUUGGUUAAAAAAUUAAACUUUCCUUUUCACUAAAUGUGUCCAAGGCAACCUCCUCAGAUUCCUUGGUUCAUUUGAAACAGACUGCAGUGACACUAAUGAUAAUGACAGUCUAGAGUCAAAAUAUUUAUCUUUUGCACUGGACCCACAUAUAACAUGAACAUUCCAUAGGACCUGUUUAUGGGGAGUUGAAAUACGAAGCAAAGCACAAUUUUAUAUUCUUGAAGAUGCCUUAUUAUAUUAAAAAAAUAAAAGGACUGGGAUUUUCACUUCCACUAGCUCUGAGUCAGUUACAAAUUUUCAAAUUAAAUAGAAUGCAAAUCAUUUGGUUCCAAUGAAAUUGGCCAGUUUACUUUUAAUCACUGUGCAGGCUAAGAUGAAUUAAAUCCCCCUCUGAGAUUUACCAGAACUUUACAAAGUUUACUGGUUAAAGUAAACUCGUCUUUUCUCUUAGAAUUAGUUUGCAACUUUAUCCACUCAACUCUACCCAGUACACGAUAUAUUGGCAGUUUUCAAGUCAUGUCAGUAGAGAGUUUGCCAUAAAACCCCAAGUUUCCUACAUGUGAACAGGGAUUUGCGUUAUAGUAUCUCUCCAACUGGCAGUAACUGUAAUGACAAAGUCAAUCAGAUCAGUGGCUUUGUCCUACAGUCAGAACUGAGCACUAGUUACAUCACCCUUGCUCCUUAAAUCAAGUGAAAAAUUAACAAAAAUUCUACACCAGCAUAUUAAACUGCAAUGAGAGCUUAUGCAUUUGAAAUUGGGGAAAUAUUUUUCAUCACAUUCUUGUACAGGGAAGUCAGCUUCUGAGGGUAUAGUAAAUUUCUUGUGGGUUCUUCAACUGAUGUCUGAAAAGUUCAUGUUAGUUUCAUUUCAGAAUCAGGUUAUACCAGCAUAGGUUGUGAAAUUUCUUUUGUGGCAGCAGUACAUACCAAAACUAAAAAUUACAAUAGAUAAAAACAGUGCAAAGAAAGGAGACUUUGAGUGUUCAUGGGUUCAUUGUCCAAUCAAAAAUCUGAUGGCAGGAGGAAAAAGCUGUUCCUGAAAUGUUGAGUGUCUUCCAGGUUCCUGUACCUUCUCUUUGAUAGUAGCAAUGAGAAGAGGGGAUGUCCUGUAUGACUGAGAUCCUUAAUGACGGAUGCCACCUUUUUGAGGCAGCACCUUUCGAAGGAGUCCUGGAUGCUGGUGGAGCUAGUGGCCAUGGAGCUGGCACCAUGCAGUGGCACCAUCAUUGGAGCCAGUAAUACAACCAGUUAGAAGGUACAUUUGUAGAAAUCUGUGAGUGCCUUUGCUAGCUUACCAACUCACUUCGAACUAACUGAAAUGUAGCCACUGUUGUUCCUUCUUUGUAAUUUUAUAUGUUGAACCUAGGAUAGAUCCUCAGACGUUGAAACCCAGGAACUUGAAACUGCUUGGGUUCCUUACCCACUACUGACCAUAAGGAGUUUGUCUGUUCACCCAGUGACACAUGGGUUCCCUCCCACAAUUCAAAGACAUCAUUGUAAAUGGUCCCAUAAUUAGGAUAAGAUUAAAUCAGUGGAAUUGCCGGGCAGUGCUACUCCAAGGGCCUGUUCUGUGCUGUAACUCAAUAAUAACACUUCUUGCUUACCUGAAUGAUUGCCACUGCACCAAGACUGCCUGCUUGACUAGCAUACACUCACCAUCCUACACAUUCAUUCCCUCCAUCUUCACAGAGCCAGGAAAUCAGCAAUGGACAACAUUGUCAAUGACACCCAAAUCCCCAAAAAUGGAAUAAAUUUAAAAACACCAUUCUGCAGCUAAUCUGAUUGCAAGAUGAAAACAAAAGUUGCCAUACUUCUGCUUUAAAUAAUCAUAAAGGAGACCGAAAACAAAUUGAAACAAUAGCACCAAAAGUUAAUUUGAGUAAAUGUCUACCCUGCUCCAACUAUAGCUGUAACACAAAUACUAUUCAGCCUUGUAUAUCCAAAGUGGCCUUGCACAAGAACUAUCCAGUUAGCCCCACUCCAUUUUCGCCAGAGACUGAACAUUCUCCUGGUGAAUAAUCAGUUCUUUUUGGAAUACUACAAUUUGCUUCUACCACCACCCUAGAAGUGCAUUCUGAAUCUUAAAUCAGUGCUAUGUGAUCCUGUAGCACAUUUAGUUCUAUGUGAAUAUCCUGUAUUCUACCUCUUUACCACUCCAAAAGGGAGGUUUCAUUAUAUACAAAGUGAUAUACAAGUAACAUGUUUGAAAUAAAACAUUUGGAACAUUGCUCAAAGCCAAAGACACAUACAAAAAUCAUUUGUAGAAAUAUCAGGAGUUCUGACAUGAACGAAGGGAAAAAUUAGGAAGUAUAAAAGGGGUUGAAAUUUCAACUACUACCGUGAAAUUAAGCGUGUAUUUGUCAAAUAAGGAAUAAUCAAACAGUUUUGUUUGCAAGAAAAUUGAACAUUUUAGUUCCAGAAUAAAAUUACCUGAAACAACUUCUUUGGUACAACACUGCAGUUUAACUUUCAUUAGCCCUCAAGCAUUGAUAAAUAAGCUUUAUUUGUCACUUUAAUUGAACACACUUUUAAAAACAUGCAGUGUACAGGUAUUUUGAUGCUGAGUGUUGCAAGCAUCCUUUUGGAUUUUAAUCUGAAGUUGACUUGCAUUAUAAUCCAUCAUUUAGAAUUUCUAAAAAGGAUUUUUUCCAGAAACUCUGGGUAAUUACUUUUCUUGGCUGUAGUAUACAUACAGAAACAAUUUAAAGGCAUUGACA